CCAUCGACAUAGAUACCACUCGUACCAAAACAUUCUUCUCUGUGGCCAAAUAUUGGAGCUUAAUUCGAGCCAGUAAUUGGCUAAGGUCCAUGGCGAUGGCGAUCAGGUCUUUGCUGCUGCCUCUGGCCCUGCUGGCUCUCGCAGCUAGCUCGGCGGCGGUGGCUAAUCUAGAGAUCGGCUUCUACAGCAAGACAUGCCCGGACGCCGAGAAGAUCGUCCGCGAGGAGAUGGCCAAGAUCAUCGCCGCCGCGCCCAGCCUGGCCGGCCCGCUCCUCCGGCUCCAUUUCCACGACUGCUUCGUCAGAGGUUGUGACGCCUCUGUCCUCCUGGAAUCCACGGAGGGCAACGUGGCGGAGAAGGACGCCAAACCAAACAAGAGCCUGCGAGGGUUCGGCUCCGUGGAGCGGGUCAAGGCCAAGCUCGAGGCCGCGUGCCCGGGCAUCGUCUCCUGCGCCGACGUGCUCGCCCUCAUGUCCCGCGACGCCGUCGUGCUGGCCAAGGGCCCCUUCUGGCCGGUGGCGUUGGGAAGGAGAGACGGCAGGGUGUCCAGCGCCACGGAGGCGAGCAACGAGCUGCCCCCGGCCUCCGGCGACGUACCUCUGCUGGCCAAGAUCUUCGCCUCCAAGGGGCUCGGCCUCAAGGACCUCGUCGUCCUCUCCGGCGCCCACACGCUCGGCACGGCGCACUGCCCGUCCUUUGCGGACCGGCUCUACAACACCACCUCUGGCUCCGUCGACCCGUCCCUGGACAGCGAGUACGCCGACAAGCUGAGGCUCAAGUGCAGGAGCGUUGACGACCGCACCAUGCUCUCGGAGAUGGACCCCGGCAGCUUCAAGACCUUCGACACCAGCUACUACCGCCACGUCGCCAAGCGGAGGGGCCUCUUCCGCUCCGACGCCGCGCUCCUCUUCGACGCCACCACCAGGGACUACGUCCAGCGCAUCGCCACCGGCAAGCUCGACGGCGACUUCUUCAGUGACUUCAGCGCGUCCAUGAUCAAGAUGGGCGACGUCGGCGUGCUCACUGGCACCCAAGGAGAGAUCAGGAAGAAGUGCUACGCCCUCAAUUAGCGUAACUGCAUGGUGCAUGCAUCAUCUGAUACGAUUAUCCAAUAUGAUGUAUUAUUGUCAAUGGUAUUUCAUUAAUUAAAUCAUUUCUUCACCAAAGUCCAUGGGGCAGCUACAUGUUACGUAAGUAGUACGUGUUGUCUUGUGCCAUUGUGUGGAGGUCCUGGACCUUUCGACCUGGUCACAUUCUGCAGUUCAUCAGAAACUUAAGAGGAACUUAGUGAGGCCUGGAACUACCGGUUGCCGGAUUGUUCACUCAGAACUUAAUUAAUGAGAACCCAUGUUUCAGCAAUAAGCCGUUUCUCUUGGGCACAUGGCCUU